GCACCAGAAGUCCUCAUUAUUACUUCAACACAUGCUGUCAGCGUUGAAUGUGUUUGUGAAGGCGAUAGGACCAACAUCGCGUGUUCAAGUGUGUAAACUUGGUGAAGAGAUUGUUCCUAAAUUGCCAUACUUGUGGCAUAAUGUUGCCUCGGAAGAGCUUAAGGAUGAGUUGUUGGAGUUCUUACAGACCCAGAUGUGGUGUCACCAUCCUAAUGGCCUGAAGAAAGACUCCCCUGGGGCUUAUGCUGUGGACUGGGACAGAUGGCUGAGCCAUUUAAAGAAACUGUAUGAAUUAAUGUACUCAGAAAUGCAGCAAAUGGGACAUUCAAGAAAUAGGGGUAAAAUAUCCGAGUUGAAGCAAGCUUUUGUUGAUUUAGCAGUUGAUGUUUGUCAGCAGAUAUUCUCCGAGAGCUCUCACACAAUUGAAGUAACACAGAUAUCGUGUACUGGAAGUGAUGGACAGACUGGGCCCAGUGCCAAGAAGCGAAGGUUGGAGUCUGGCUGGAAUUCUAUCAGGAACUUUAUCAGUUCUGCUGGACAGACUCCAAAAAUGGUUUCUUGGUUACAACUUGUGACAGGCCUGGUGUCAAGAUACACAGACAGUAUUCCAAGAGAUGAGGUUAUGCCAUACUUAACAUGUCUUUCACAUGCACUGUCAGAUUGUAAAAGGACUGACUUAAUGGUGUACAUAAUGAGAUGUAUCAAGUCGUUUGUUGUAAACUGGGAUCAAAUAGUUACCGUGGAAACAGAAUCUCUGACAGAACAAUCAAAAUCUACAUGGAAUCAAAUCUGGAUGGUUGCUCUAAGGUUUGUGAGUCUACACAAUGCCGAACCUGAGGGUUACAUGUUACUCUCGGCCAUGAUAGAGAGACAUCUAAUUACACCAAGAAAAGAUAUUUGGUCUAUUUUUAUGCCAUCGUUGACUCGUCCAAUUACUGAAUCCAUCAUAUUUUUAUGCCACUGUCUAGCAUAUUGUGAUUUCCCAGAAAAUUUUGUGCCAAAUUUAGCAGUUGCAAUGCCGUCUGCUGCAGCAGACGUGAAAUACCCUCUUAGAAAGCAGCUUAUUCAUUGGUUGUUGCCAUCUAGAGAUGAUGAAACUGAAAUGUCAAGGUCACAUUGUAAGCUCAACCCUGAUUGGACAGCUCAUGCAUUGAUGACCUUGACCUUGAGAGAUCUGUCUGCUAAGUUGAAACAGUGCACUAGUGAAAAGAAUGUACUGAGUGACUUGGAAAGGCGUUAUCUAGGUAGCGCUCUUGAAAUGCCGCUGGAGGUAGAAGAGACUCUUUAUAAGAAAGAAACCAAGAAAGAAGAAAGCGACCCAGUUCAUAUAUCAACGGUAUUGUUGGUCAUUGAAAAUCUUAUUAAAACUGAAGUGCAGUAUUACAGUUCAAGAAUGGAAGAACAGGUAUCUGAUGUAGAAGAGACAGUAAUAUUUGCGAGACUGAUUACCAGUCUUUUAUCAUUAUUGCUAGGCAACCAGAUUCUUACUCCACAAACUAUUGCAAAAAGUGGACUCUACGACAGUUUUGUCACAGUAUUAAAGAAAAUGUCAAAUUCAUUGCAAGAGAAAGUGAAAAAAGAUGGAUAUGCAAACUUGUGUCCUGUUGUUAAGGAGUUACGGGCCUUGUUUUCUUUUGAUGGUUGUGAUUUAGCGAGGGGAAUGGAGGGAACACAGGAAUGCAGGAAUGUUAUGACAGCCAUUUGUAGAGCAGCUACACCAUCAAAACUUGCUGAUGUUCUGCUUGACAUAGCAAAUGAUAAGCAUUGUGCUAACAAGCAGAUGAGUAGUACCAGCCUAGAUGUCAGUCAGAACCAGUCUAGGUUUCACAGAGGAGCUAGCAGGCUUCUAGAUGACUUUGAUGAUGAACUUGAUCUUGACUUUGAGGACCAGUCCAACAAUAAUGAUGCUAUGGAGGUAGAAGAUUUGGACUUCAAUGAUGGACCAGAAAGUCAGGAUUCUGAUGAUAUUUCCACCACAAAUGAAGUAUGUCAGAGUCUGUGUUCACCAUGUGUACUGACAGAGAGUCAGGUUCUACGACUUGAGGCGAUUCAGGCACUGUGUCAUUGGUGUAACAAUGAUGUCAAAUUACCGGUGAAAGUGAAGAGUGAUGUAGAUGUAAAAUAUGUGAAGUCUAAGAUUGUCAGUCUGUUGGAGGAGAAUGUGUUUGAUCCAAGCCGGGCGGUGGACAUUCAAAUGAUGCAGCAUAUUGUGAUGUUACUGACAGAUAAAGGGAACACAGUCACAGAAAACAGUUUUAGGACCAUGGUGACAGCUGUAAGAAAUUGUGUGAAAUGUCACCGACGUGAUCAAGAAAUUUGUAGGACCAAUUUAGAUCUCAUUAUUAGACUGGUACCUCACUUGGCUGAAAAUGACAGUCCACCAACCAGUGUGCUGAGAGAAUGUAGAGAAUCAGUCUUGCACCUUGCCAAUGCAUUCUGGAAAUUACAAGAAGAGAGUUACACAUCAGAUGUCAGAUGUUGUCUGGCAAAAACCAUGGAAACUUUGCUGCAGUAUGACCCAGAUUGUAAGUGGUCCCGUUUUCCAUCUGAUCAAGAUGAGGACAGUCCGUCCUCGCAAGGAGACAGUGGUCCAACUCCUGCCAUCAGGCUUGUAGACUGCGCAGGUGAUGUGUGCCACAGUGUUAGAAUGCAAGCUGUCUCAGCUAUAUACAAGUUGUUUGUAGAUGUGAAUACUCCAGGCAUGCCUCCAGUAGACAGAAAUAAACAGGAUCAGAUGUUUUCUCGACUGUUCGUUGUUUUAAAUGACUCAUUGGAUUUUCAGGGCAGGUUGUCACCAGAACGUCUGGAGGAUGAAAAACUAACCAGGAUAGCUAGUAUGCUGACUGCACUUGGUACAGUUAUAUGUUCUAGCCCUGUGUGUGAGAAGUUAGCCGUGUUCUCUAUGAUGCAGUUUAUAAAAGAAAAAGAUGUUCCAGUUGAUAUGGUUCAGAGAAUUCUUCAGAAAGUCAUACAAGUGUUGGGAUACGAUACACACAUUAAAUACAUAGAAAGUUACCUUCCUUUCUUUUUACACAAAUGGCUUCAGUCUGGAUGGAGCUUGACAGAGUUCCCUUACCAGUUAAUGGGAUGUGAAAAUACCAGGCAGUUCUAUAGGAUGUAUUUAAGCACCAUCAUACCAGAAUUAGUUUUUUGUCAAAAUAUGGAGUCUAUAGAAGGUAUUGGCAUAGACCUUGGUUUCUCUGCUAGAGACUUGUUGAAGGACAGUAUACCUUACGCAGUGGUCCACAUACUGCCUGUGUUUGCUGCCAGUAAACAACUGGGACAGACGGACAGUUCCGGAAUGAAGAAGAAAAUUAGUCGAGCUACUGCAUGUUACAACCUACUGACUAAAGAGCUCUCAGAGGAGGUUGUGGACAGACAGAUAGUAAAUAGUCUGGAUGAAAUAGUUGCCAACCUGCUCAUGUGCCUGCAUGAUACAGAAUCUGAUGUUGGUAAUAUCAGAGACACCAAUCCUGAACCGAACCCGCCAUUUUAUAACACACAGACAAUCACCUGGACACUGGACUAUAUCACCAGUAGUUUCUCAGGAAGUGGAAAAACUCUUGUAGAAAUUCUCUCCAAAACUACAGACAGCAUACAGAAGAUCUUGCUAGAGUUAUCUGUCCGUUUAUGGAAGUGUCACAGAAUGUCGGAGAAGAGACGGACAUUGUUUAUGUAUCAACUGUUUACUCGACUUCUCCUCAAACAGUUACAUACCCAGCUUGGUGGUGCCUGGGUGUACGUUCUCAGAGAUGUGAUACUACGCCUGGUCUGUCUCCUUAAAGAUAUUACUGCUGUUCCUCUGAAUGAGGGUACAGAGAGUUGUUAUAGAGAGAGUAUUGCUGGUAUGGCACUAGAACUUCUCAGAGAGGUUUGCCAGGUUGGAGUAGACAUUUGUCCAAAGGAGCUGAUGAAAUACUUGCCAUUACUUGCAAGCAGUCUGGUUUCUGCUGUUGAACAGAGAGGGGAGGUUGGACAACUGACGUUGAGCCUGUUGAAAUUCCUGAUACUUGAGAAAGUGAAGGAAUUGCGUCCUGCUAUAGCGAUGCUGGAUAGUUUCCCAGACAAGCCAGAGUUUAAGGAAUGUAGAACAGUACAUCAUAAACUAAAAUACGCAGCUGGAGCAUUCACUUUGAAAAAGGAAGUUGAACAUUUCCUGAGUGCAGGCAGAAAUCAUAUUGUAGAUCCAGAUUUUAGACUGGAAGGUUUGAAAUUUCUCUAUGAACAACUGAAAUCAGAGCAGAAGGAGUUACAAAGUCUUGCAAAAGAUGACACUUUGUGUAGGCUGGCAUGUGAGUUAGUGGAGCUGACAAAGUUUGAGAACAGAGAUGUUGUACUACAGGCUAGCAGAUGUCUGGGUGUGCUUGGUCCUGUCAACUUGAGGGCUAUUUCACUUCCUUCUGCACCUAGCAGUAUAGGUCUUCAGCUUGCUGUUCAGUGUUUUGAGGAAUUACCAGAUGUUCACAAGUAUUGCAAAAUUUUUCACUGUCUCAAUACCUACCUGACAGAUAAAAGUAUUGAGCUGGUACAGUGUGCUAGCAAGGUAUUGAAGGAUCUACUGUCGGUGAAGAAAGGUAUAGAAUUUUACAAUGGGUAUAAAUCCCAGUUAGGAGAAAACGAAUACCUGUUUCACUAUCUACAUCCAUUCAGAGCUGGUAAAAAGAAGGUAGUGACAACUAAGGCACCAGUAGGAAAUUGGGAUGACUUUCAGUCUACAGUAGAUCAGGAGUUGUUAUGGAAUCCACAACAUAGUAACCAUGGUAACUGGUUGAUUACCUUGACAACAACGUUAAUCAGCAGUGGAGUUGUUAGAGAUGAACUCUUACAGCUUUUAGAGCCAGUGUGUUCAAUUAAGGUGGAGUUCUGCGAAUUGGUGCUGCCAUAUAUGAUACAUGAUAUUCUAGUCAGUGGUACAGAUGACCAUAGAGAGGUCGUGUCCAGACAAGUGGUCAGUUUUUUCUCCAGUCACUGCGGUCAGUCAAGGUCGGGGAGAAUCAGCAGGUGUCAGUCUGUCAGUUAUGCUAAUAUUUACACAGAAGGUGAACAAAGUAUAUGUAUGAACUUGGAUUCCGUGAGAACAAUGAUAGAUGUGAUACAGUAUCUAAGGCAACAACCAAGACCAAAGAAAGGCCGACAGGAGAUGACCAUUUGGGACAACAAUUUCUGGUUGGAUGUUGAUUACCUUCAGGUUGCCAUGGCAGCACAGUAUUGCUCCGCCCACUUUACAGCAUUAUUAUUUGCAGAAAUCUGGUGUGAUGUGCAGAGGGAAAAAACUGAAACAGGUAGAGGUAGUCAGUCACAGAGGUCAUCUCAGGGGUCAAGCCAGGAUACGAGAAUCGAUACUCUUAGUGAGACCUCUAGUUCCCAGUCAGGUGUCUCUGUACAAGAUUUGCUGCUGGAGGCUUACAGUUGGAUCGGGGACCCAGAUGGGGUUUAUGGUUGUGGUGCUGGAAGAAAAGCAGACACUUCCUCAAGAAUCUGCACCUAUCAACAGGAGAACCAGUGGGACAAAGCAGUUGUGUCAUGUGACAUUCAGAUGAGCCAAUCAGGAACCUCCAAUCAGUAUGAUUUGCUAAAUGCUUUGCAAUGUUUUGGAGCCAACCAUGUCUUUAAUGCCUACCUACAAGGAAUUAUGGGACAGGAAGAUGUACCAAAUUUAACUUCUGACACAAGAGAGCUUCAGUUUGAAGCAGCAUGGAGGAUGGGAAAAUGGAACAUUGAUUCUCCAAACAAAAUUGAAACGGCCACUGGAUUCCAUGAGAGUGUGUUUAAAGCAAUGAAGUCAAUCAGGGAAGACCAUAGUACAUUUACAGACAAAGCCCUCAAUAAUGCGAGGUUGUGUGCAGUGUCACGGCUGAAGGAUGGAUGUUUGACCAGCGCUAGGAGACUAUAUCCAGUUCUUGCAGAUCUUAUGUGUGUCAACAUCGUCAAUCAAACAACUGAUUUAGUAAAAAGGUUUAGAGAGUCGGGGAGUAUAGAAACCAGAGACUUGGACCUGUUACUGGAUGUUGACAGUGAUAUCAAGUUCACCCUGCCUACCUUGUACAUGAAAUGUUCAGCUGUAAAACUACUUUGGGAGAAAACAGAUAACAGAAGUGUGUUCAGAUUGUAUGUGGAUAGUUUACACCAACUGGCUACCAGCUCAAGGGAGGCAACCAGGCAUCAGGUAUCUGAAAGGGCUAUAGCUACAGUGAAAGAACUUGACAUAUCGGACCUGUCUCUUAGUAUACCUACACAGAUUGAGGAGGCAAAGUUGUACUGGGCAAGAGGAGAGGAGAAUAUUGCCAAACCAUUGCUGAAAGGCAUGAUUGAUAAACUUAGAAAGUUACGUUCUACAGACCAAGUAGCAGCCAUGUUUUACCCACAAGCACUCAGUAUCUAUGGUAAUUGGUUGGCAGAAACUAGAUCGGAAAAUCCCAACAUCAUCAUGGAGAAUUAUAUGGAAAGGGCUAUCAACAUGUAUGAACAGUUGGGCAAGUCAGAGGAUAAGUCGGUAGAUGCUUACCUUGCUCUGGCAAAGUACGCCGAUGCACAGUAUCAAAAUAUUGUGAACUACAUGAAUUCAAGUACCUACGAGGCCAAACAGUCACUGAUGAGGAAGUCGCAACAGGAAGCUGACCGUCUGCGAGAAGUUAUGAAAGGAGAAUCUGGGAGAGAUCGAUACCUGCGUACAUUAGAGAAGCAGACGGAGAUAGAUAAACAUGAACUGGAGUGUAUGAAGGAAGAUAGAAACAUUUUCUUGUUGAAGGCUGUCCAUAAUUACAUCAAAUGUUUGAGAUGUGGCGACGAGCAUAAUUUACGCGUCUUCCGGCUAACAUCUCUCUGGUUCAAUAAUGUACACAGCGAGGAUGUAAAUAGUAUGAUGGAGGAAGCUGUGUCUGAAAUCAAAACCUACAAAUGGCUACCACUAAUGUAUCAACUAGCAGCAAGAAUGGAUGUUAAACCUCGUAAAGAUACAUCCCAGCCUUUCCUACAGAUACUAAACAAG